UAUACUGUAUAGUAUUCGUUGAAAUCGUUGAUAGUAUUCGUUGACUAAGGUUGUAAAAGAUGGACGUAAAGUCCUACUUAUUUUCUUGGGCAGCCAAGAAGGGACUGACUCCACAGCUUGAUAUUCGAGCUACUGGUCCCAAGCACCGGCAACGGUUCCUAUGUGAGGCGAGGGUCGAUGGCUACGCUUACGUCGGCGCUGGUAACUCGGCCACCAAGAAGGAAGCCGAGAAGAAUGCGUCGCGGGACUUUCUCAAUUUUCUCGUGCGAUCUGGCGAGGUCCCCGCUUCGGAGGUGCCUGGUGACGUCCAGGUUAAGGCAGAGCGUGAUGAAGGGGCACCGCCUGCCAGCAACUUACAGGGCCAAGGAAAUAAUUAUCAGCAGCAGCAACAGAGACCAGUAUUUCAGGAAGGUAUGAACCCCGACACAAUGGGUCCAGCGUACCAGGGGUUUAGUGGAGGUCAAAAGUUCACAUACAUGGACCGUCUUCAGCAGCAGAAAAAUGUAGAAGAGGCGGAGGACUUGGACGUGAACGCCAGCCUCCAUGGUAACUGGACCAUGGAGAACGCUAAGUCAAAACUACACCAGUUCAUGCAAGUGAACAAGAUUCAUGCCGAUUAUGUGUACAAAGCCGUUGGCCCCGAUCACACCAGGAGUUUCUGCUGCGAGCUGUCUAUAUUCGUGCGUCAGCUCGGACGCAACGUGACGGGACGAGAGACAGCGUCGAAUAAACAGACAGCUAGCAAGUCGUGCGCGUUAUCUGUUAUACGUCAGCUGUACCAUCUUGGAGUUAUAGAGGCGUAUAGUGGGACGUUGAAGAAAGAUAGAUCUGGCGAAGGCAAAAUGAAGCCGUACCCCGUGGCAAUUAGUCCAGAUCUUGAGCAACAGCUGGUUGACACUUUGCAGGAGUUGAACAUAGAACCUGUCAACGUGAACAGCAAUCAGCCGCAGGAAGGUUCUGAGGGUGUGACUAUCCUGCAGCUGGACAGAGUCAAGGUCAUGCGGGAGACGCGACCCGAGGCUACCGGGGUGGUCUCCUGGUCGCCCCCGCAGCCCAACUGGAACGCCUGGACUGGCUGUAAUAUUGACGAGGGUCCGCUAGCAUCGGCCACACUAGAGAGCAUUAGCUCGGACCUCGAGCGCGGACAACGCGAAUUGUGUCAGAACAGCACGCUGUAUAAGGAGAGUCUCCGUGAACGCGAGCAGCUACCUGUAUAUGCGAUGCGCAACACGAUCAUGGAAGCGAUAAACGAGAACUCUGUCGUCAUUAUCCGCGGUAACACGGGCUGCGGGAAAACCACACAGGUGUGCCAAUUCAUAGUGGACGACUACAUAGCCAGUGGGAAUGGGGCGUGGUGUAACGUGUGUGUGACGCAGCCGCGCCGCAUAUCCGCCGUCAGCGUCGCCGAGCGCGUCGCAGCGGAGCGGUGCCAGGAGCUCGGCGACAGCGUCGGAUACUCAGUCCGUUUCGAGUCCAUCCUCCCGCGGCCGUACGGUUCCAUAAUGUUUUGCACGGUGGGCGUACUACUCAGAAAACUAGAGAAUGGACUGCGAGGUGUCAGCCAUGUGCUUGUAGAUGAGGUUCACGAGCGCGACGCGGACACGGACUUCGCGCUGAUCCUGCUGCGCGACAUGGCGCACACUUACCCCGACCUCCGCAUCAUACUCAUGUCCGCCACCGUCGACACCACGCUCUUCUCCACCUACUUCGGCGACUGCCCCGUCAUCGAGGUACCGGGACGCACAUUCCCAGUUCAACAAUACUUCCUCGAGGACUGUAUAGAGCUGACCAAGUUCGUUCCGCCCACCGACACGCGGAAAAGGAAGUCCUCGGGCAAGAAGGCGAAAGAUGACGAUGAUGAUGAUGACGAAGGUGGGGCUGGCGACGCCGAAGAGGACGAGGACUUGAAUAAGAACUGCAAGUUGUCCGGCAACUACGCGCCGCAGACCGCCACUGCCAUGGCUAAACUGUCCGAGAAAGAUCUAAGCUUCGAGCUCAUCGAGGCUAUCCUCAUGUAUAUCAACAACCUGGGCAACGAGGGUGCUGUCCUCGUGUUCCUGCCCGGAUGGAACCUCAUAUUCGCGCUGAUGAAGCACCUGAUGAGGAACCCGGUGUUUGGUGACACGUCCAGAUACGUGAUCCUGCCGCUACAUAGCCAGAUUCCGAGAGAUGAUCAGAAGAAGGUGUUCGUUACACCCCCACCGGGGAUCACCAAGGUGAUCCUGUCAACGAACAUAGCGGAGACUUCCAUCACAAUCAACGACGUGGUCUACGUGAUAGACUCGUGCAAGGCCAAGAUGAAGUUGUUCACGUCGCACAAUAACAUGACAUCGUACGCCACCGUGUGGGCCAGCAGGACUAACCUGGAGCAGCGCAAAGGUCGCGCGGGUCGUGUGCGUGCGGGCGUGUGCUUUACGCUGUGCGCGCGCGCACGCUACGAGCGACUCGACGAACAUCAAACAGCCGAAAUGUUCAGGACGCCGCUACAUGAACUCGCUCUUAGUAUAAAACUCCUCCGUCUGGGCAACAUCGGUCACUUCCUGUCCAAGGCUCCGGAGCCCCCACCAUUGGACGCCGUGAUCGAGGCCGAAGCCAUGCUGCGAGAGCUCGGCUGCCUGGACAGCACUGACGCGCUGACACCGCUGGGAACUAUACUGGCUAAAUUGCCGAUAGAGCCUCGACUCGGUAAGAUGAUGGUGCUGGGUUUCGUUCUGUGCGUCGGCGACGCGCUGACAACGAUGGCGGCCAACUCCACCACAUUCCCCGAGAUAUUCCUUCUAGAAGGACACAGAAGAUUGUCCGGACACCAGCGGGCACUAGGCGGGAGUAGGGCGAGCGACCAUGUUGCUAUGCUUAACGCUUUUCAGAUGUGGGAGCGAGAAAGAGCGAAGGGUGAGGAGGCAGAGCAGCAGUGGUGCGAGUGGAAAGGGGUGCAGCACACCACGCUCAGAGUCACCGGCGAGGCCAAGUACCAGCUUAUCAACAUCCUGACCUCCUCGAUCGGUUUCCCGGAGGAGUGCUGUGUGCCCCAGCGUUGGAAUCCCAAUGUGGAGGAUCCAGUCCUCGAUCUGGUGAUAGCGCUGUUGUGCAUGGGCCUGUACCCUAACGUGUGCCUGCAUCAGGGGAAGAGAAAGGUCCUAACGACAGAGGGCAAGCCGGCCCUCAUCCACAAGACGUCGGUCAACUGCAGCAACAUGGAGCAGCGAUUCGCGUCGCCGCUGUUCGUGUUUGGGGAGAAGGUGCGGACCCGCGCCAUCAGCUGCAAGCAGACCACCAUGGUGGCGCCGCUGCAUCUGCUGCUGUUCGCUAGCAGGAAGGUCGAAUGGGUGGAGAACAUAGUCCGCGUUGACAACUGGCUCAACUUCGACAUGUCGCCGCGGACCGCCGCCCUAGUGGUGGCGCUUCGCCCCGCCGUCGAGAAGCUAGUGGAGCGGGCGGCAGCGGAGCCCGACGCGGCCCUACAACUCACGCCAACUGAGCAAAAGGUCGUUGAUUGUAUCAAAGCGCUAUGCGUGAUGGACGCGGGCGACUACAACAUACAACGCGACGCCCCCACUUUCUCCUUCCGCCCAGACGGCGCAAAACGAGGGAACAUGCGAGGCUGGGGCACCAAUGGACCCAAAAACCAGGGCUUUGGUGGGUUUGGGGCCAAUAGUGGCGGAUUCGGAGGCAAAUCCGGCGGUUUCGGAAACGACAACGGCUUUGGCGGCAGAGGCGGAUUCGGGAAUCGAGGUUUUGGCGGCAGAGGAUUUGGGCCCAGAGGUUUUGGGAAUGGAGGUGAUUUUGGAAACCGUGGUUUCGGACGAGGACGCGGUUUCACUAGACGAGGAAGAUGGUGAAUCUUCCGAUUUAUAUAGCCAAAUAAAACAAUUAAGCUAGA